AUGGAUGCAUAUCCGGUAAAGAAAGCUGAAAAGGGCACAGAAGCAAAAGUCUCCAAUCGCACAGGAAAAAAGCAAGACCAAAAGUGCGAGGUAGUUAAUCGUGUUACAGCUGAAGAGAACUACUUGUUAAACUCUGGAAGGUCGAUAAUGUUGCUCAGGAUGCCGAAUUCAGAGAUAGAAGGAGGCAUAUACGGCAAUUAUCGUACAGCUAAAGAAUCAUUUGUUAAACUCCGAAAUGUCGAUAAAGUUAAGGAUCUUGUUGAAGCUAGUGAGGCAUCAAAAAUUGGUUCAACACUCUGUCCGUCCUUGUUAUUUCAAGAAACCGAUUAA